GAAAAAGUAAACCUCACCAACAGCCUUGUCUGUCUCCCAAACAUCUUAUCCCGUUGUAAAAAUGGCCUCUAGAAAUGGCGACGACCACUACCUCACCCUCUCAUGUCCGGACAAGCCCGGGAUCGUGCAUGCCGUCACAGGGUUGCUCGCAGCCAAUAGCUUCAACAUCCUCGAUCUUCAGCAAUUUUCCGACCCAGCAUCUGAGACCUUCUUCAUGCGCGUGCACUUUGGUCCCGCUUCAGAUCUCUCUCCCCUCCUCCCUUCCAUGGCUACCCUCGCCGCAGAGAUGAAAAUGGACUAUGAAAUCCAACCCUUACAAAAGAAGCCACGGGUCCUAAUCAUGGUAUCUAAAAUUGGCCACUGUCUUAAUGACCUCCUCUUCCGGCAAAAGAGUGGACAGUUAAAGAUUGAGAUACCACUCAUCGUGUCAAACCAUCCCGAGUUCAAGGAAUUGGCUGCAUCCUACGACAUUGCAUUCCACCACCUGCCCGUCACAAAGGACACCAAAGAAGUUCAAGAAUCGCAAAUCCUUUCUUUAAUUAAGGAAAAUGAGAUUGAUUUAAUUGUUUUAGCGCGUUAUAUGCAGGUUCUCUCCCCGCGUCUUUGCGAAGCCAUGUCUGGAAAAAUAAUCAACAUUCACCAUUCCUUCCUACCAUCUUUUAAGGGGGCGAAACCCUAUCAUCAGGCGUAUGAACGGGGCGUAAAGAUUAUCGGUGCGACGGCGCAUUUUGUGACGGCAGAUCUGGACGAGGGUCCGAUUAUUGAACAGAGGGUUACAAGAGUUGAUCAUGGGAUGACACCAAAGGAGUUGGUAGAGGAGGGAAGUAAUGUCGAGAGCCAAGUCUUGGCAGCGGCGGUGAAGUGGUGGAGUGAGAAAAGGGUGUUUUUGAAUGGGAGCAAAACUGUUGUGUUCAACUGAGGGAAUUGCCCUGGG